AUGGCCAUCAAAAAGGUAUCCCCACCCGGCCGGGUGAUUAUCGUUGGCGCCGGGCCCUCGGGCCUGAUUCUCGGUCUUCUGCUCGCCAAACAGGGAAUUGAAGUCGAAUUCCUCGAUGCCGGUGCAUACCUCGAUGAGCAGCCUCGUGCAGCUCACUAUGCAACACCUGCAGCCUACGAACUGGCGCGAGCCGGAGUUCUCGAUGAGGUAAAAGCAGUGGGUAUUCAGUGUAAGAGUUUUGCCUGGAGGAAAAUGGAUACCACAUUCAUCGCGGGUAUGAAACACGAUGUGCUACCGGCGGAUUAUCCCUACAGUAUGGUCGUGCUUCCUCUCGACCGACUAGGGAAGGUAUUAUACGAGCAUAUCCAGAAACAGCCCACAGCAACGGUCAAAUGGUCACAUCGCGUCGCGCGCAUUGGCCAGGACCAAGACAAAGCGUGGGUAGACGUUGAAACACCAAACGGCACCACGCGGUCUGCAGCAGACUAUGUAAUUGGUUGCGAUGGAGCUAGCAGCACAGUGCGACGGGAGUUGUUCGGCCCCGAGUUCCCUGGAGAGACUCUGAACGCACAGAUCAUUGCUACGAAUGUAUACUACGAUUUCAGUCGCUAUGGCUACUGGGAUAGCAACUUCAUUGUUCAUCCCAAAAACUGGUACAUGGCAGCGCGCAUCACCACAGAUGGAUUGUAUCGAGUAUCCUACGGUGAUACUCCUGGGCUCACUAGGGAGGAAUAUAUUGCACGCCAGCCACAACGAUAUGCGGAGAUCCUUCCCGGGAAUCCCAAGCCAGGCGAUUACAAGAUCACCAACAUAAGCCCCUAUAAGCUGCAGCAGCGCGGAGGGCUGGGUCUGACCGGCGGCAUCGCCGAUGUGGGCUGUCUCUACGACUCGCUGAUAGGUAUUCAUAACGGUCUUGCAGAUGAAAGCAUUUUGGAUAUUUAUAGUGCGGUCCGGAAACGUAUCUGGACCGAAAUAAUUGAUCCCAUGUCUCGUGAUAAUUUCCGCAGGCUGCACGACCAGGAUCCAGACAGCGCGCGUGAAAAUGACGAGUUUUUCCAGAUGCUCCUUAAAGCGGAGUCUGACGAAGAACUGGCAAAGGAGUUGGCAUUGGGUCUAGAAGUUCUGCGGCAUGAUAUGACGCGGUACUAUACGGACUUCGCUGACGGUGCUAAAUUAUAG